GAUGAUGAUGUUGAUGAUGAUAAAGAUGAUAACCAGGUUCAAGAGAGUGCGCAAGAGUGAACCAGGAACGUAGGAUGAUGAUGAUGAUGAGGAUGAUGAGGAUGAUGAGGAUGAAAAACUUGCUUCCCAGAUGAUAACUUGUUGCUGUUGAGAUGAAAACUCAGAAAGCAACAGAAUCAUUUUCAAUUUAUAUUCUCAUUUUCAUGACAAUCUAUUUAAUCAUAAUCAACAGACACAAUUAAAAGUUUAUUAAUCCAUCUAAAAUGUUUCAUUGAUCUUUAUUUGUUUAUUAAUUGUUGUACACACACUGCCAACUAAUCAGUUGAUUAAUUGUUCACUAAUUGUUACAUAUAAAUUGUUUCCUUCCUUUGGUUAAUUUUGUUUUCUGUGUAACUUUGUUCAUCUUUUCAUUCAUAUUAAUCACUACCAAUCAAUGUGUUCAAUUUUGGAGUAAAAAUUAAAGUUAAUUGUUGCCUGUAAAUAGAUGUUCAUAUUUAUAUGUAUAUGAAUAAAUAUCUAUGUGUCUAAUUAGUUAAUCAUUAAUUAUUACACCUUAAUUUACUUAAUUGUGGUCGGUUAAUUUGUUUUAUAUCAAAUAUGAGUCCACGUUCCCGUUCAGUUGACUCAAGGCAACCUCAGAACAAUUUAAUUCUUGCUCGUAAUUGUUUGGCAAUUACUUUCAUCAGGGAUCCUAAUUGUUCACAAUUAACAGGCUCAUCGUCUUUAUCUAAAUCAUCAUCAUGUAAAAGAUGCUCUGGAUUAAAUUAUAUCGAUGAUAAUGUUCAUGAAUCAGGUGAAUCAUUUGAUGAGAAAACAAUUUCUGAAGAUGCGAUUUGUAUAACAGCCUCAUCAUCAUCAUCAUCUUCUCAUGAAUCCUCACCUUUCACCUCAUUAUCAUCAUCAUCAACUUCAUCUUCAUCUUCACCACCCCAACAACAGUUAAAUCAAAAUGAAACUGAACAAAUAUCAACAAUUAACACAACAAAUUGUGAUAAUAAUAAGACAAAUUGUUCAUCACUUUUAUCAACCACUUCUGAUUUAUCCUCAUCACCAAUCUCAUCCUUAACAUCAUCCUUAUCACCACCUUGUACAUGUCCAGUCCAAUCUAAUUCCACCACCGCUCCUGCCCCACCCUCUUCAUCGUCCAUCGAUUUCUCUGGUCUAGAACUUUUCACUUCAUUCGUUGAGGCCAAUUACCGAUGCUUCUGGAAUCCGUCCCUAGUUUCAAGUGUCUCGUCCCUUAAUUACCGAGGAUUUUUACUUCCCGCCACCAUAAUCAUGAUCGGCUCCGAAUACGCUUAUGAGGUUAUACGAACAGCUUAUGCUCGGCGGAUAAUCCGUCCACCCACAGGCUAUUUGAUACAAUCUUUAGGUGAUGUUCCUUUGGUUGAGAUGUCGUUGGUUGGACAGACAAAGUUUACUCCUUUAACUGAAGCUCUUUGUAAAUGUAUCAAUGAAUUUAAUCAACAAUCAGUUAAUUGUUUUCUUGGUGAAAUAAAUGAUUCGAUUCGUUCAUCUUAUCCAAAUAUUACUCCACCAACGGUGGAGAUGAUUAAGAAAACUUUACGUUCGUUACAACGUGAAGGUAAGGUCAGAUUCUCGGCCUCUGAUGGUUACUGUUUAAUUCAACCUUCAAUGGGUUCAGAGGUUAAUUCAUCUUCCUCGGUGAUUCUUGGAGGUGGAAAUGGUGCCGGAGAUAAUUCAAUUGAACCAAUAUCACCUUCAAGUACAAUUAAACGGGAAUCAGCUCGAUUAUAUUCAUCACUUAUGACACCCGAUGAGGUUAUCAGCCGACUCCAUGGAUCACCAACAUCUUCAGCUGAAUCAGCUUACUAUGGAUCUACCAAUGGAGCCGGUGGAGUGAUUAGUGAUAAUCAAAGUAAUUUAAUUACACCCACCGAAAGUUUGGAUGUUACCGUUAAUUGGGAUUGUGGAAUUGAUAAUCAGGCCAUGUUAUUGGGUGGAAAAGAUGAUGCAAGUGACAUUAUUUCACUUCGACGAUCAUCAUCCUUACGAAUCCCGUCAAUGUCCAAGGCAACAAUCAAUCGGACUCAAGAAAACGGAUGUAAUAGUACCGGCGGCGGUCGUGUUGGUGCCGUUGAUUAUUAUAAUACUUCAACUAAAUUAGUUUCCAAUCUAUCGACAACAUCAUCAACCACUCUCACUUCUGGUGGUGGUGGUGGACCUUUUUCCCGAUCUAAAUCAUUGAGAAUGGUUAAUCACCAUAAAGAAAAGAUUAACGCUCACAAAUCAAUGACAAUCGACUCAAGUGAAACUUCAAGUAAAACCGAUGCAAUUAAUGUUACAAUUAAAAAGCCAUCAUUGUUUACUAAAUUUUUGGCUCGUUUAAGUUACAACGGCGGUGGAAAUGGACUGACAACAAUUGGACCUAAAUCGUUGAGAAAUGAUCAACAAUUAAAUCAACGUAAAUUGGCCACUGGUGAUUGGAAUGAUGAAAGUAACAAUAUAUCACAAUCUAGUCAAGAAACUAAAUCAACCCAAACAACAACAACAACAACAACAUCGGUCAACAAUAAAUCAUCAUCUUUGACGGUUUUACAACGAAAUAGGUCAAAUAAAUGUUAUUGUACCAACGGUAAAUUGUCAUCUAUUAAUUGUGGUUAUGAGACAACAACAAUUAACACUAAUUUGAUACGAAAAUCAUCAACAUUGGAUAAUAAUAGUCGACAGAUUAAAUGUAAACCUUAUGGUAAUCCUACUUCAUGUAUUUACUGUGAAACCUUACGGACAAUUUCAACCGGUAAAACCAAACGAUCUAAUCAACAUAAUUACAAUAAUCACUCACCACUAGCCCAGAGUAAUCAGGGUGCUUGUGAUCUGUGUAAUUUAAUCAAUUCACCAACAUCAUCUUUAACCCCAACAGGCCAACAAUCAACGGUCAUCCCGCCAUCUUCAAUAACAAAUGGUUAUCCCAAUGGUAUCGGAUCGCCAUCUUAUCCUUAUCAACCAGCAAUCGGUCCGAUUGUUGAUCCAAAUUGUGACAAAUGUUUAACAUCAUUAACUUAUUGUUGUACUAAUAUUGAUUGUGGUAAUGUUACAUCAUCUUCAAUUGGAUCAGCGGUAACAUCAUCUCGUCUCUACUCAUCACAUUUCCACCAUCACCCUGGUCAACAUAAUCAUCAUCACCACCCUGGUCAUCAACCCUCAUCAUUAUUACACCAACAUCAACAUUUAUCUUCCCAACAGCAACAACAACAACCGCCAAUCACUGAUCAAUUUAAUCAUCAUCAUCAUCAUCAUCAACAAUCUACCUCUUCCUCUUUCCUUUCAAGACAAUGUGCUACUCUAUCAUCAUCCACUCCAUCAUCUUCAUCACCACCACCUUCACCUUAUUCAAGGUUCACCCUUUCACCCACCUUAAGGUCAACUAAAAGUAGUGCUACUGGAGGUCAUUUUUUCUCAUCUUCAAGGUUAACACCAUCAUCAUCUUUGGCCCAUUCACCAUCAACACCCUAUUCACCUUCAUCUCCAUUAUCAUCAUCAACAAUUAACAAUCCUGAGAAAUUAUCUCCAAUCACAAUUCAAACAAAUUCAUCUGAAUUAACUGAUAGAUUGACUAAUGGACUAUCUGGUAAAUCAUCAUCUCUUUUAAGGCCGACACAAUUACCACAGAAAAAUUUAAUGACAACAGUUAAUGAACUGACCAUUGGUGAUGUAAAUAAGAAUCGGUCAAUGGUUGUAAUUAAAAGUCCACUCAAUGAGUCCACAAUCAACACUACAACAGUAGCAACAACCACUCCGUCAAUUAUAACCUCGACUGCCACAAAAAUUGAACCAAUUUCAAUGAAAAUGACCAAAGAAUUGACCAAUGAUAGUUUAUGGAAUGAAAUUGGUGGUAAACAAUUAGAAGCUGAAUUAAGAGAGACCGGUAUUACCAUUGGUAAUUCAUUUAAUUUUAAAAUUGAAAUCGCUUCACCAACUAAUCAACAAUCAGAUUCAUCAUCAACAACUAAAACUACAACAACAACAUCAACCACAACAAAAACUUUACUAUCUAAUGAUUUGGUUAAAAGUUUCACUAAUUUUGAGGAAAAAUCAGCUGAUAACUUACCGAAAGAUUUAUCAUCAUUACUUUCAUCUAAAUCAAUCAGUAAUCAAUAUAAUCGUCCAUCAUCAUCAUUAUUAUUAUCACCAACAACUAAUUUAACCAGUGUCACCAAUUGUACAUCAACAAUUAACGUUUGCACUGUUAAUUCAACAAAUGAUAAUAAGACAUCAACAAUCAACAAACAAGAAAUUAAUGAUAAAAUAUCAACAACAACCUCAUCUUCAAAUGCCAACAAUGAUUAUCCAUCAUCAUCAUCAUCAUCAUCUGGAAUAACAACAAAUCAACAAUUCAAUUCAUCCGAGUCAAUUAAUGAAAAUGAAGAAACGGAAAUGAAUGGACCAACAAGCAUUUCCAUAAUGACAACAACCAAAUUAUCCAAUGGAACCACUGAAUGUAAAUCUGAUUCACCAACAACUGACCAAAAUCAACAAACCGAUUCACUGACCAAUGGAUUAAUUAAAACACCAACAACCAUCAGCGAUUUAAGGCAAAAAGUGGCCCAAGCAAAAGCAGCUUUUUUCAAUUCCUCAUCUGCUGGAGGUGAAUCAACCAAAAUUACCUCAACCUGUUGAUUAUCAUCAUAAGAAGAUAAUUAUGUUGAUGAUGAUGAAAAGAUAAUGAUGAAUAAAGAGUAUCAUCAUCAACAUCUUAUAUAAGAUUGAAAGUGAAUCAUCACAAGAGAGAGAGAGAGAGUUUAAUUGAAGGAGAUCCUUUCUCUCUCUCUCUCUCAUCUUCAUUAUAACGUGACUCUCACUGAGCUUCAUCAUCUUCAUCUUCAUCUUCCUCAUCAUAAACACCUUUAGAUGAGCCUUAAGAAAUGAUUACUCUGUGGGGUUAGAACUGAGUUAGAACUUUUUUUCCUCAUCUUCUAAUUGCAUCGUCAUCAUCAUCAUCAUCAGCUGAAUUAUCAUCAUUAUUUAAUACAUUUAUCUGUAUGCAAAGUGAUUUACCUAAGGUAAAAAUUAAAUUAGCCUUUGUUAAAUUGUCUUCAUGAUGAUGAUAUUUUGAUGGAGGUUAAUAUUAUAUUAGAUUCAGAAGCCAAGCUAAAUCUUUAUUAUUAUGAUUUACAAUCAUAAUUGUAUUUUUGAUUAUGAUUAACCAAUUUCAUUAAGCGUGACUUGCUCAUUGUAAAGAAAAAAAAAUCUAAAUUGCUAAAUCACUUUUCCUUUAAUUUAGUUUCAUUUUCAUCGUUACAUUUAAUAUUAACGAUGAAAAUAUAAAUGGUAAGGAAACUAUUAAUUUCAAAGUUAUCAUUAUAUUAUGAUUAUGAUACAAAAUUAAAUGUCAACAAUUAACACGAUAUGUAUCAAAAUUAACUUUUCCCCCCACUUUUAAUCAAAUCAAAUUGUCUUAUGUAAAUCCAAUGUUAAUUUGUUUCUAUUUUUAAUCUCAAUGUGUUUGUUUAAUUAUCUCCUUGAUUGUAUUUCCUUAAUUGUAUUUUCAUUUUGUUUAAUUCCUUUUCUCUAAUUGUAAAUGAUCAUUUUUUUUUACACCAAUUUAAUUACAAUUUUACCUAAUCAAAGAUGAAAAGAAUUGAAAAUUUUAUUUCUUUCAAUAUUAAUCCACAAUUAAAAUGUCACCAAUUUAAAUUGUCAAUGAACUUCAUCUUAAGCUUUUGAUAAUUGUUGAAGUUGAUUGUUAACAAUCAAUUCUCAACAAUCAAAAAUAAUAAACUGGCUCACAAAUUUGCUUCCUUCCUUGA